GUGUGUCUUAAACCAGUCACAGUGAGUCCAGGUUUGAUUCGACGCUGAGGGACGAUGGCUCCGACAUCUGUGUUCUCUCUGAUGUCACUGCUGAGCUGCACGACCACAGCGUCUCUGAAGGUGAGUCCAAACUGGUCCCAGUUCUUUAAAGGACAGUCAGUGUCUCUGAGCUGUGAGGACGAAGGACCUGGAUGGACUCUGAGGAGGAACACCAGCACAGAGACCAGGACUCAGUGUGGAACAGAAUGGGGCAGAGGGAAUGGGUCCUCAUGUAGGAUCCGUACGCUCUUCUCCUGGGACAGUGGUGUGUACUGGUGUGAGUCCUCAGAGGGACAGACCAGGACCAGCAUCAGCCUCAGUGUGACAGGUGGACCGCUGGUCCUGCACAGUCCUGUCCUCCCUGUGAUGGAGGGACAGGAAGUGUCUCUGCACUGUCAGACACACCCUCCCUCCAACCGCUCAGCUGACUUCUAUAAAGAUGGAGUCUUCGUCGGCGUUGGGCCCGCGGGUCACAUGACCAUCCCCCAGGUGUCACUGGCUCAUCAAGGCGUCUACAGGUGUGACAUCACAGGAGUUGGACAGUCUCCGCCCAGCUGGAUGUCCGUCUCAGGAAAACCCACCGCCACGCCUCCUCCUGCUCUAGCUCCUCCCACCCCCUCAGCCCCGCCCCCUGCCUCAGCGUCCCUCCAUGUUGUGUUCAGACCGCUCUGCUUCCUGGUGGUGUCGUCUCCAUACUUUGUCUCCACUCUGCUCAUGGUAUCUUUGUAUCGACAGAGACGCGCAGGAACAAAGAAAACAGCCCCGCCCACCCAGGCUGAGACGAGAUUGGAUGACGACUACGAUGACGUCAUCGGCGGCGUGACCACAGAGCAUCAGUUCUGAUGGAAGGCGUUUGCGCUUUGACCCGGUCUGCUGGUUCUUGUCCACAGUCAGACAGCGUCCUCUACCCGUGGACGCCCACUUUGGAACACGACCAAUCAGACGAGUUCAUUCAGGUUCCACACAUGAUGUCAGAGUUUGAGUCAGAAAAGCAUCAUCCACUCAUGAAAGACCUGUGUGUGUCUGAGCCUUUAAGCCCUGACACCUGCUGAGUGGAGGACUGAUGUCAACAUUCACAUCAAUUCAACGUCUGUUCAGUAGUUCAGCUUCCAACCAUGUUGGUACAAUAGAACUGGUUCUUUCCAUACACAUCUGAGCAUGCUCAGUUCAAGCCCCGCCCCCUGUGGAAUGAGGGUAAAACACAGAGCAGUGAGUGAAACUGACUCACUGUAAAAAUACUUUUGGUUUUUUGUUUUUUUACUGUUUUUACUGAGUUUCAUCUGUGGAACAGUCUUAUGGAGUUAAACAUAUGCCAAAAAGCAGCUGAUUCAGAUUUAGAAACAAAGAACCAAAACUAAAACUACUGGGACAUAAUUCAAAUGCUGGUUAAUUAUUCCCUUCUGUUUUUAAACACAAUUUUAGUUGAUUUUUU